ACCAAGUCGGAUUUCAGGUGCAGGGUAAACCUCGACUUGAUGCCCCAACCUUUCCAGCUCAGCAAGCUGCAGGGACGAGUAGGGAAACGGCAGAACAGCAAGCAAGUCUAAAAUAAAGAACUGUUUUUUUUUUCCACAGACUGUCACAGCAAAGAGAUGACUUAUUUUUGUUCUGAUUGACAGAAGAACAAGGAGCCAAGAAGGGAAGAAAACAUUUAUUGGAUGCUACCCAAUUGGAUUUAAUCUAUUGUCUUGAAGUCCUCCGUUAAGUCACCGCUACAGCCGGAAAGAACAGUGCAGCCAUGGACAUCGGUGGUUUGGAGACAGUGGUGGCAAACUCUGCCUAUGUUUCAGCCCGUGGGAGUGUGGAUGGAGCUGCAGCAGCCUCCAUGCGGGACAAGAAGAUGCGUGCCAGGCUGAAACUCCCACACAUUCGAGAGUGCGAGCACACUAAGACAACUGUAGACUCAGCCUUUGACAGCAUGUGUGUAAGACAGCCCAUCGGAAAGCGCCUCUUCCAACAGUUUCUGGAUAGCGACGCAACCAAUAAAAAUGCUGGAGAGCUGUGGAGAGACAUCGAAGAUUACACUAUAUGCCAAGAGAAGGACAGAGUGCAGAAGGCCCAGAAAAUUGUAAAUAAAUACUACGAGUCUGCUUCAAAGAAUUUCUGCAGCUUCCUGGAGGAGAAGGCCAUCAGUCGAGUAAAAGAAGACUACAAGAACGUCCGCGGAGACCUCUUCAAAGAGAGCGAGCAGCAGCUGCUCAAACAUCUCGAGCAGAAAGCCUUAGAUGGCUUUAAGAACAGCAUGUACUUCCUGCGUUAUGUUCAGUUCAAAUGGCUGGAGAGCCAGCCUUUUGACGAGGAGUGGUUCAUGGACUUCAGAGUCCUGGGUAAAGGAGGUUUUGGGGAAGUGUUUGCUUGUCAGGCUAAGGCAACAGGCAAAAUGUACGCCAACAAGAAGCUGGAGAAAAAGAGGCUGAAGAAACGUAAAGGUUACCAGGGAGCAAUCGUGGAGAAGCGCAUCCUUGCUAAAGUUCACAGUCGCUUCAUCGUGUCCCUGGCUUACGCGUUCCAGACCAAGACUGACCUCUGUCUAGUAAUGACCAUCAUGAAUGGAGGAGACCUCAGGUUUCAUAUGUAUAACGUGGAUGAAAAAAAUCCUGGUUUUGACGAGAAGAGAGCAUGUUUCUAUACAUCUCAGAUCAUCUGCGGACUGGAGCACCUACACCAGCACAGGAUCGUCUACAGAGACCUGAAGCCAGAGAACGUACUGCUGGAUGAUGCAGGACACGUCCGUCUGUCUGAUUUGGGUCUGGCAGUUGAACUCCCGCCAGGAAAAGACAAAACAAGUGGAUAUGCUGGAACUCCAGGUUUCAUGGCUCCAGAGUUGCUGCAGAAGAAGGAAUAUGACUACUCAGUGGACUACUUCACACUUGGAGUGACACUGUUCGAGAUGAUUGCAGCCAAAGGGCCUUUUAGAGUGCGAGGAGAGAAGGUUGAGAAUGAGGAAGUGGCUCGUAGGAUCUUGAACGACCCAGCUCCAUAUACACCAGCCUUCAGCAAAGACUGCAAGGCUAUCUGUGAAGGCCUGAUGGAUAAAGACCCGGCAAAACGCCUUGGGUUCAAGAACAAUGACUGUGAUGAGCUGAAGAAUCAGCCCUUCUUCACUGAAAUUAACUGGGGUCGUCUGGAAGCAGGUAUGCUCCCUCCACCGUUUGUCCCUGAUCCCAAGAUGGUCUACGCCAAAGAUAUUGACGACGUGGGCGCCUUCAGCACAAUCAAAGGCGUGGUUCUGGAUGACAAGGACACUGAAUUCUUCGGUGAAUUUUCUACCGGCAACGUCCCAAUCCCCUGGCAGGAGGAGAUGAUCGAGACAGGUGUGUUUGGAGAGAUGAAUAUCUGGGCAGAGAACGGCAAGCUGCCCAAUGACCUUGACCCAAACUUUGUGGAAUCCAAAGGUGGAGGAUGUGUGCUCCUUUGAAUAGCAGCAAAUGGAUAGAAGAAGGUCUAUUGAGAAUAAACACAUUUAGAUUUGGCGUGUGCUCAUUUGCAGCCACUUACUUCUAAUCUGUAUAAUCUGUUAUUUGUACAAUAAUCUGCUAUUAUUGUAAUGAAUACUGUAUGUGAACUUACAUAUUGAUAAGAAUACUAAACACUCAUGUAAUAGUGUAGGACAGUUGUUCUCAACUGGUCGAGCCUCAGGACCCACCAGCUACUCAAAUCGCGACCCAAAUAUCUUAGAUUUUCCAAUCAAUCAGAUUUAUUUCAAGUAAAAUUGAACAAAGUGAUGGAACAAAGAAAAUAAAUAAAACAAACUAGCGCUUCAUAGACUUCUUGACAGCAUUUGUCUUCCAGACACAAAUUCGCUUUCCACUGAAAAUAGCUCUGCGACCCACUUUUGGGUCCCGAACCACCAGUUGAGAACCACUGGUAUAGGAUAUACCUAUAUUAGAGUGUGCACAAUAUGUAGUGUUACUGUUAAAGUGGCAGCUUGUUGAAAAGUUUACGUAGCUGAUAUAUCAUGCAUGUAACUAACUGUAAAUAUGAUUGUACUCAUAAUGACUGAAAUCUAACUUUAUAUGCCAAUUAUUCUGUAUAGCAAUGACAGACUAAUUCAGUCUAUGUUAUUUUGUAGAGCUCACGUGCGAUGUAUAUGUUAUAUAAAUUAUUUGGACAGAAGAAAAGCUCCUCUCUGUAAAUUGUAUGCUAAUUUCAUUAUAUUUAUUUAUUUAUUUAGUUCAUUAUUUGAUACAAAAAGGUAUCUAACUUAUUACCAGGGCAAAUAUUGUAUAUAGAAUAAA